UGGCCGGCUUAAAAAAUGACAACUUGUCAAACAAAUUGCAAAAACGAAAUCCAUUUUUUUGCCAUUAAAAAAGCUACUAACAGUAAUAUGAGUUCUAUGUGAUGCAUCCUUGAUAAUUUCAUUCGCAUCUGCACAAAGAAAAAUGUUCAAAAUAUUGUAAAAUACUUUAGGAAGACAUCAGGGUUUCGAAACAAUAAGAUGUUUUUUGAUAACACUGGGCUGGCGGUUGUGGGUCCAUCAGAUCCAGCAAAGUUAAUUGAUUUGGGAUCUGAGUAUGUACAAACUCAUUGUGUAAUAGCUGAUGGUGGCGACCGAUUUGGGGUUUCUUCUGUAGCAUUUGAUAAACAGGAAGAGCUUCUGUGGAUGGGCAAUCAGGGGGGGCAUGUGACGUCAUAUUAUACAGGAGUAAUGUCUAAAUACACCUCAUUUCAAGUCCAUGCACAUGAAGAAGUAAGGCAGGUUUUAACUUUUGAUGAGGGAAUUGUGGCACUAACAGCGAGCACUUUAAGAUAUCAAAUUAGAAGGGGAUUGCCAGUAUUUACUCACAAUUCUAGCAAUAUGAAUGAAAUGCAGUGUAUAUUGCCCAUGUCACCAUCUCGGUUACUUAUAGGUGGUCACAGGGACAAACUAAUAGAUUUUAACUUGCAAGUUUGCAAGGAGACACAAAUUAUAAAUGUCGCAGAAAGGGCUACUGUACUUUUACGACCUCACAAUAGGUUUGUCUGCGCUGGGAGCCCAACUGGCAAAAUCGAGUUAAGAGAUCCCAACAACCUGAAACUUGAACAUACAUUAGAUACGCACACUGGUAGUUUAAGCGAUUUUGAUGUCCAGGGUAACUUGUUAGUAACUUGUGGUUUUAGCAAAAGUCGACUGGGUAACAUGGCGGUCGACAGGUUUUUGAUGGUUUAUGAUUUAAGAAUGUUGAGAGCUGUAUCACCAAUGCAAACUGUGAUAGAUCCAUUAUACUUGAGAUUUUUGCCAUCAAUGACUUCCCGCCUGGCUGUUGUAUCUGCUGCAGGGCAGGUGCAAUUAUUGGAUACUAUAGCUUUGGCAGAACCUAAAAUAUGUUUGUUACAAGUUGAAAGUCCAGGUACAAUGAUAAUGACAUUUGACAUCAGUUCAACAUCCCAAGCAAUGGCAUUUGGUGAUAGUGGAGGACAAAUCCAUUUGUUUUCAAGUACAGAGGAACCAUUAUUCAACAACUAUUCUAGGCCAACUGAGUUUCCAGAUCCAGUGGUUCAAUAUGAUAGUUUUAACAUAGACGAUUACAACACAUCCCUGGGUAGUGUUCCAAUGCCUUACCAACCUCCAGAUGUGUUACUGUUGUCAGAUUGGCCAGCACAUCUAAUUCAAUAUUCUUACAGAAAACCCCCAAGCAUAGAUCCCGAGGUACUUCGUACAAUGAAGGUUCAGGGACCUAUAGGGUACGCUCCGAAUCCGCGACUGACCCACCGAAAUCAAGUUAUGUAUGAUUUGGGCCAAAAUGGCUACCACAGCUUCAAUUCCCAUUCCAACAGGAGCCCUCAGCAUCAAGAUGGCGAAAACUUUAUCGCUAUUCCGAAAAGGUACCGAAAAAUUGACGUUAAAUACAACAAGAUGGGUUCUGAAGAUUUUCAGUUUGAUAGUUACAAUAAGACUGGAUUGGCCGGCUUAGAAGCAACGUUGCCAAAUUCCUAUUGCAACGCUGUCAUUCAGGUUUUAUAUUACAUAGAACCCCUACGUGCGGCGCUGCUGUCUCACUUGUGCGAAAAAGAAUUUUGCUUGUCGUGCGAGCUCGGUUUUCUAUUUCAUAUGCUGUCUCAUAGCCCUCAGAAUCAACCCUGUCAACCCGGGAACUUUUUGCGGGCGUUUAGGACAGUUCCCGAGGCUUCCGCUCUGGGUCUUAUCCUAAGCGAUCUGCAUCCUGAGGCGAAGCAGAAGAUUGAUCUGGGGGCGUUAGUUCAGAGCUGGAGUAGAUUCAUGUUGCAUCAAAUGCACGUUGAAUUGAACGAGACCAGAAAACAUAAGGAAGAAGCCAAAGCAAAACUUUCCAAACCGUUUAUCUAUAAGGAGAUCGACUUUCCUUUAAUAUCGAAAGAAAAAGUGAAUCGGCAAGAUAAAAAGCACACCGCAACGGAAAUCAACAACGAGAUGGAGGAAGAGAAGCGGGAAGAGGUUUCCGACAUUAGUGUGAUUUUCGGCGCGAAACAGACGAAUUCCAAUUGUUGCUUGAAAUGCACUAACGAAAUUCAGAAAGAAUCGGUGCUGCUCUCGUGCAAUUUGGUUUAUCCUACCAACGAACCGGAACGGGACGAAUGGAGUUUUUGCGACAUCUUGAAGAGGUCGCUUUGUCCUCAGCAAACGACCCCCGCAUGGUGCGAUAAGUGCUCCAGAUUUACACCCACUUCCCAUUCGAAAAUUAUACAGUCAUUGCCGAAAGUGUUAUGUCUCAACACUGGGCUGCAUAGUCAACAGCACAAGCAGUUUUGGCAAACCCAAAUGGACAAGGUCGUGGCGAAACUAUCCGAUAUCGGAAAAAACACAACUCCGUCGACGACUCCAACGAAUACCCCGUCGUCGAAACCAUGCCGUUACGGUGACCACUGUUCGAGACCUGGUUGUCGAUUCCGACAUAGUUUUGAUAAUACGCCCCCACUCGUGCCGUCGAACAAUCCUUAUUGUAGCAACAACUGGCUGCCCCAUAAGAUCAAAAUGAGUCUGAAAGCCGCUGAAUUAAAUAUUGCGAAAGUGCCGGCACCAACUGAAGGGGCCACGGAAGAUGCCCCAGGAAAAAGAAACAGCAAUUCCUUUGCAGGGGAUUCUAAGACAUAUGAACUGACUGCAGUCGUUUGUCACAUUGAUGACCAGUCAUCACCUGAUAAACGUAACCUGGUCGCGUUGAUAAAGGUUCCUGACAGUUAUCUACGAAAUAAAGAGCAUAACGACAAUAAAUGGUAUUUAUUCAAUGACUUUAAUAUAAGCCCUGUACCCGCUCAAGAAGCAGUAUGGUUCAGUCUCGAUUGGAAAACACCCUGUGUGUUGUAUUAUUCGUGUACAGAUCUCGCCGACUAUAAAAGCGAGAUCACUCAUCCGCUGUCGAGAGAAGUGUUCACCGAAGAUAAUUGCAUAGCCAGGUCGGGUGGUACCAGGGGUAUCACGUUUACUCCUCUACACGACAACGAGGUCCUUAAAUCUGGUGAUUUAGUGGCUAUGGACGCCGAAUUCGUAACGUUGAACCAAGAGGAGGCGGAAUUGCGGAGCGACGGCAAGAUGUCUACUGUCAAACCGUCGCAGAUGUCUGUCGCGCGGAUAACCUGUAUUAGGGGGCAUGGGACCUUUGAGGGUACUCCGUUCAUCGACGAUUACAUAUCCACCCAAGAACAGGUGGUGGAUUACUUGACCAAAUUUUCGGGCAUUAAACCUGGAGAUCUGGACGCCAAUUUUAGUUCAAAACAUUUAACCACUUUGAAGUCCACUUACGUCAAGUUGAGGUUUCUCCAAGACAGCGGUGUGGUCUUUGUCGGACACGGUUUGAAGAACGACUUUCGGGUAAUAAAUUUGGUGGUGCCACCCGAACAAGUUGUGGACACGGUGCAGCUGUUCCAUUUGCGUCACCACAGGAUGGUGUCUCUUCGGUUCCUGGCGUGGCACUUUCUAGGUAUAAAAAUACAGGCAGAGACGCACGACUCUAUCGAGGACGCCCGAACGGCGUUGCAUUUAUACAAAAAAUAUAAACAAUUAGAACAGGAUAAUAAGGUAGGUGAAGCGUUAGCAGAGUUGUACGACGUCGGUGAGCAGUUGAAGUGGAAAGUUCCCGACGAAUAAAACCAAUAGAAAUUAAAACAAAAAACAAAUAAAGAAGAAAACAAUUUUGGUCUUUGGGGGAUUUUGGUUUAAAUUUACGUAAACUGCGCAAAAGACAACUUAAACUUUGUUUGGGGUUAAUAACGUGGCAGUACAUUUCGAUAAAGAGUAAGCACGAACCGGUGUUUUGUAGCUCUUCGUUUUUAAACUUUUUUUUUCAUAUUUUUAAGUGUUUUGUCCCGGAUCACGAUCGUAGCAUCUAGUUAUAAUUUAAUGCUUGUUUUUCAUCCUCCCUUUAGAUUUCCCAUCCCAAAAGCAAAUGGUUCUAACUUUCUGCCCAGCUUAUAUUUGAAAUUACUUUUUAAUAGGUGGGACAACCUAUUUAAAUAUAAUAAUACUGCAAUAACCAAAACAGGAUUACAAUUUUAAAUAACCAAUCAAUGCAUUUAUUUUAACUAAUUUCUUUAUUAAUGCAAUAACAAAUGGAAACUAUGAAUCUUAAGUUCCCUGCCACAGCAAAUAGAAAAUAUAUUAUUAAACAUAUUUUAAGUUUUUUUAUCCAUAUCAAUUAUUGCGAAUCAAAAAUGAAAAAAAAAAAUAACCAGCGUUUAGAAAAUUAAAACUAUGAAGAUGUUCAAAGGAUCUCAGGCCUCAAUAAUAAUAAAGUCAUUUAGGCCAGUUUAACAUUAAAGAAAUGUCGGUAGAUUUUCGACAUUUGUGGAAAAUGUAGUGGUCAUAUGUGGAGCAACUCUUUAAGCGUUGAGUCAAUUACUUUAUUAUGUUACUUGUAAAUAUUAUAUAUAAUGUCAUUUGUCUAUGUGGUUACUAAUCUAAUCGCGUUCCAAUAUGUGGCUACCGGGCAGUACUGAGCUUACAGUUCGUACACUAUUUAGUGGCGUCGUUAGUGAUCUGGUACGUUCAAUUUUUCUUGUCCAUUCUUAAAUUAGCAUAGCACAAAUUUACAUUUAGAUUGAAUUUGGUCUUUCAUAUUUUUUAAUCUCACAUUUGGCCCAUCUUUGUGAUACUUUGCAUCUCCUUAAUUUGUUCAUUUAUGCAUUGAAAAUGCAAUGCUUAUCUCACCUAAUUCUCAAACACCGCCUCUUAUGAAGGUAUGCAUUUUUCAGAAUGUUGUUAGCAUAUGACAUUGCCUUAAAUUAUUGUAAACAAAGAUCUUUUGACUAUAAAUCUAAACUGCUCAUAUAGAUACAUGCUCACAAAAUGCAGGAAUCUGCAAACAAACAUACUCAAAUACUCAUUCCCAGAACAAAUCAAUAGGUAUAUAGUAUCAGUGAAAAUCAGUACAGGGAAGCCAAAUUAAAAAAAAAACCUAAAUAUCAUUUUAAAGGUGUCUAUUUGGCAAGGUCAGUUUAAAUAACUGUUUUUAAUUUGAUUAAAAAAUAUUUGAUCUGUAUAUUUAGUGUUUAUUUUUACUCAAUUUGAUCUCUAGGAAUAGUAACUGUUAAUAAUGUUAAGGGUAAUAAUGUUAUAUUAUUUCAUUUAUCAACUCCUUGUAUCGCCCUUUUUCUUCCGAUUCAAUUGACAUAAGUUAGUACAAAAGCUCCAGCGCAAUUUAUGCGAAAGUAUUUCACUCAGUGUAAAAUAUUUGUUUUAUUUUCGUCCUACUCAUAUAUAUCGUACAAGAAAGAAUUGCUUAUAGAUAAAUUAUGUCAUGUAUUUUUUUAUCAGCGUAGUUUUUUGUAACGUGGUCUUUUUAUUGAAAUGUAUAGCACUAUUUUAAAACAAUUAUUCUUUUAAUAUACAUUUUUUUACUUAUAUUUUUACAAAAUAAAAUAUUUAUCAUCUGG